AUGGCUGCGUCUUCUUCGUCCUCUUCUGCUGGAGGUGUAAGCGGCAGCUCGGUGACUGGCUCCGGGUUCAGUGCUUCCGAGCUCAUCCCUCCCAGGAAAGUCUUGUACACAUAUCCCAAAGGAGCAGGUGAAAUGAUGGAAGACGGCUCCGACAGAUUUUUGUGUGAGUCUGUAUUCAGCUACCAAGUUGCCUCCACACUCAAACAGGUCAAACACGAUCAACAAGUGUCACGAAUGGAGAAACUGGCGAGUUUGGUGGAGGAGCUGGAGGCAGACGAGUGGCGGUACAAACCAAUUGAACAGCUAUUGGGAUUCACGCCGUCUUAAAUAGACAUCCAGAUGCCUUUGCUUAAUAAAAUCAGCCAAAUGGAAGGAGAUGGUUUAUGUCAGUUCAUAAAUGAUAUUCCUUCUUCAUGGUUUUAUUCUAUAUCUAAUGUAUGAAAUAUUAUCUGGAGUUACUGAAUGUGAGAUGUGUUAUUUUAUCACUUUUUAUUAUGGUUUGAGCAUGGUUUGCCUUUUUAAGAACAACUUGUUAUAUUUCAUCCAGCAUACUAUAUCAGAACCCUCUCAACAAAAAUAUCUGUAUUAUAAGCUAAUGAAUAAACAUUUUGUAACAGAUUUUUGAACUGUAUUAGGUUAAUGAAGUUGUUUUUCCAGCCCAAUCUACGCUUAGCCUCAGCGUUAAGGGAAAUUAAUGUUUGGUAAUGAAUCCCUUGAAGUGAGGCAUUGUGUUUCUACAUGGCUGCACUGAAUACACUUGUUUUGCACUUCUGAAUCUUUAAAAAAGAAAAAAAGAAAAGCCCUGCUGCCUGCUCAGUCUCUCUCCCUCUCUCUUGCUCGCUCCAGCAACACUUGGAGCAAAACAAAGGGGGCUUGUAAAUAAAAGUCAUACUUGGACAUUC